AUGCACGACAGUAUUUCAAGCAGCGAAACGGAGGUUGAGGACGGCGAUCAUGUCAAAAGCGGAGCUGGGGAAGACAAUCCCCAGAAAAUUGCAUCGCCUGAAUCAUCGAAUGAUGGGAAUGAAAAUUGCAACAACACGAGUUACUCGGUAGCUAAAUGGGCCAAAAAGCGUUUGGAGGAGCAUGAAAAUCUUCCAUCGCAAUCAGUCAGCUGGUGGCACCCCCAUCUAGCGAGAGUACGAAGGCACACAUCUUUGCUUUGGGUUAGAAACACUGUGAUUAUCUGCGUGACGACCUUUGCAAUUCUUUGUCUCUAUUGGGGCCUUGUUUUCAACAUUGAAGAGAACUUAACGUCGCUGGUCUGUUAUGUGGUUGAUUUCGACGGGCAAGCUGCGCCCUAUGAUAACAUCACGCCACUCAUAGGGCCAAUGGUAACAAACUUGGCCAACGAGACGUUAUGGAGUUCGACGCCCUCCAUCGGAUACCAAAUACGAUCCGCAAGCGAAUUCAACUACGACCCUAUGCAAGUUCGCCUAGCCGUAUACCACUUCAGAGCAUGGUCUGCCAUCAUUGUCAACUCUAAUGCAACAACACUCCUACAAAAUGCAGUUGCAGUAGGCAAUUCAUCAUACGAUCCAACAGGCGCAAUCCAAGUAAUCACUAUGUCUGGCCGGGAUUCGUUCAUGACAUACAGCUACAUCUUGCCAGACCUCAACACAUUUGCCCAGAAGCUCACAUCGCAAUUCGGCAGAGUUUGGGGCGACAUGAUUAUGGCGAAUCAGUCAUUGACGAAAGAAACUUUGCGGCAGGCUGCCAGUGCCGUUAACCCAGCGAUUUCCCCAUUAAUGCUAGACCUCCGACCUUUCGGUCCCCCAGCGGCGACACCCGCUGCUACGUUUGGUUUAAGUUUCCUUAUCGUUCACUUUGGGUUUACCUACUAUCUCGCAGAUGACAUGAAAUGCAUUACUCCCGAAGGUCAUCCGCCCGUGCACUACUGGCAUCACGUCAUCCGACGCUGGUCGACACUCAUGGCCUCGUACUUCUUUUUGUCGCUUGCCUACUGUUUGAUAUCGCUAGCAUUCCAAGUUCCGUUAAGCAACCCGCCAGCUUCGCCUGUAGAAGUGGCAGAAAACCCAAACGCAUUCGGGAAGGCGUCGUUUAUAGUGCUCUGGAUGCUGCAUUUCUUGGGAAUGGCAGCGCUCGGAAUGGCCUGCGAGAAUAUGGCAAUGGUUAUCGGCUCCCGAUGGGUCGGACUUUGGCUAAUUUUUUGGACUCUUACGAAUACCAUCACAGGCUUCUGGCCUCCAGACAUUGCUCCCGGAUUUUAUAGGUGGGCAUAUGCAUGGCCCUACCACCAUGUUGUGGAAGGAAGCAGGCAGAUUUUGUUCGAUCUACAUUCACGCAUAGGCCUGAACUUUGGUGUUCUCACCGCAUGGGUGUGUGUAAACACGCUCUUCUUUGGCCCUGCUUGUUACAUCAUGAGAUGGAAGGACGAGAGAAAGACACGCAAGCAAGAGAAGCAUCUUCCUCACUUCAACCUCAGGCGAUUUGACGUUGAGAAGCAAAUAUCAAAACCGCCCGGGAUCAAGCCACCACGGAGGAAAAGAGGUUUCUUGCGAGCGAUGUAA